AUGGAAGAUAGUUGCCUUGCUGAAGCUAAUGAAUGGGAAAAGCAUCGAACUGAGAAAGAACAGCUGUACGAUUUAAAUGUACUGGAAAUGAAGGAAAAUAUAAAAGCACUGAGUGAUAAAUUACAAGAAAGCCAGGAAAAGGAAGUAAGCUUGAGACGUGAGAUGGUGGAUUUGGAGCUGCUUAUUGAUCGUGAAAAGAAUACAAUAAAAGUACUUCAGUCCGAAAUGAGCAAAAAAGAUGGGCAAAUGAAAUUUGAACUGGAAAAAUUCGAGCAGGAGCGCCAAAAAUGGGACGAGAAAUUAAGACUCAAAAAUGAAGAACUUGCCAACGCUCGAUGCAACAUUGAUUGUGUUCAAGCAAAAUGCUUAGAAUUGGAGAAGACGCUUCAAUCGGUGGAAAGUCGGCUAGAUCAAAAGACGCAAGGUCUGUCAACUGCCCAGAAUGAAUUGCGGGAGAUUGAAGACCGAAUUAUGUUGCGUAUGGAUGAAGAAGCUACGCUGAAAGGUCAUCUUGCGGAGAGUGAACGAGAAAGAGAUGAAUUACGACUGCAACGAGAUGAGCUGAAAACAGCUUUGCAGUUAGCUUACAAAAAAACUGAAGAUUUGACUAAUAUUGAGAAUGCACUACGAAAGGAGCUUAGAAUUGUGAAGAGCCAAUUGCAAGAUGAUGAAAAGAAGUCAGAAAAGCUGGCCAACGAUUUGAAGCAACUGAAAAAAGAGAAUAAGCAGUUGGAAUCGUCAUUGGCCGAGAAAACAGCCGAGAUAACAAGUUCUUCAUUCCUGAUCAAACAAUUCGAAAAGGCCCAACAGCAAGCAAUGAAAGAAUUGGAUGAAGAGAAGCAAAAGGUGUGUGUUAAAGUAUAG